GCGUUUUGAUUGGCGCAGCUGUCUCAGUGUUUCCAAAUGACCAAUUUAGGCACGCGUAUGGCCCGGUGUCCUACCGAGGAUUUACAUAGUUUAUUAUUAUUUAUUAUUUAUUCAUAAGUGCAGCACUGAAACACUUCUCCACGAUAAUAUGCUAAUGUAUAUUAAGCAAUGUAAUCAUAAAAUCGACAACAUACAUAGAGCAGUGCAUUUGUUUUUGAAGUUACACUUCAAAAAAUAAGUUCCUUUUAAACUCCAUGCUAGUAUGAUUACAUGUUUAUUGGAAGGACCAUGAAGCCGCGUGACCAGAGCAGCCCAGUUCUGAGCUGGUGAGAUCGUAACCCCUGUAUGUAUCCAGACUCUCCAGGAUGUUUUGCGUCGUGGCGCAGCAGGAUUAAAGUGUUUACUGGACACAGGUGGUCGAUAAAGAAGGGCGGAUAGAUUACUCUGCACACACGAAAAUGUCCUCACCAACGUCCAGACGGAAUAGUUGCCGUGGAGUUGUGCGUGGAAGCCGGGCAUCAUCUGAGUGCCAUGUCCGCCGCAGGGGCUCAAACUGUUCUUACUUUUCCUCUGGAGCGCAACCUGGAGACUUCUCCGUCCGUCUGAGCCAGCCGAUAUUCACUAUAACGCUCCGGUUUUUGUUGGCGAUAGAUCUGUGGCUGUCCAAGCGGCUCGGAGUGUGCGCCUGUGAAGAUUCUCCAUGUGGCAGCAUACGGCCCUUGGUGCGGCUGGUGGAGUUCUCUGGGCAUGUAAUCCCGUGGCUCAUCGGUACUGUGUACACUCUGCUCCGUGGAGAGAGUGUGGCGGAGCAGGAGAUCAUGUUGAAUCUGGCCCUGGCUCUGAUAUUGGACCUGCUGUUGGUCAGAGUUGUGAAGACUCUGGUCAGACGUCGCAUGCCUGCUCAGAACCGCUCUGACAUCCUCUCCACCUUCUUCGUGGAACGCUACUCCUUCCCCUCAGGCCACGCCACACGGGCGGCCAUGUGUGCCCGGUUCCUGCUCGCCCAGCUUGUGGACACAGCGUCCAUGUGGGUCCUAGUGGUGGGUUGGGCCGCUCUGGUGAGCCUGUCCCGGCUGUUGCUUGCCAGACACUAUGUAACAGAUGUGUGCUUUGGCUUGGCUAUGGGUUACUGCCAAUAUAGUCUAGUGGAAAGGCUGUGGGUGACCUGGGACUGCCUGCAGGACCUACUGCUCAUGCGACUGACAGAGAGAUUCAACAGGGCUUAUGAUGGACUCUGGCUGGCAGAUUGGAAACAUUAAGUUCGGUGUAACUGUGUGUGUCAGCCUAUGUGGGGGAAAUGUGCAGCAUGAGUGUGUAAUUGUGUCUUCUUUAUUAUUUAUUGGAUUAUAUAAAAAAUACUUUGUAUGCUUAUAUUUUGUUUAUCUAUAUCUAUUUUAUGUAUAUUUGUGUUUUGUUUAAAUUCAUCAAAAAUAAUUAAGUGGCAGGUUGUAGCAUAUCAGCAGAGUGCGGGCACCUCAUUCUUUUAAGUUGUAUUCAGCCCCUUUUUGCCCUGCACCUUACCGGUGGGGAUGUGCACACUACCACUACUGCUCUUUUAGGUUGUAGCAUAUCCCAUGGAGAUGCACAUGCAACUUGUUUGCACAGUCUUGUUGAUGACGCAUGGACUUAAUCUUUGAAUGCUAAAACCAAAGCUGAAUUUAAUUAGGGCUUUUUUAAUAAAAAGACAAUUAAAAUAAA